AUGUCUAUCCCUGUCGAGGACAGACGUGUCGAAGAGCUUAGUGUCAUAGGGGACUCUAAGCCGAUCGGAAUACACCAUGAGCGUGCCCAGAUGCUCGCUGACCUACGCGAUCCGGAUGAAGGGAAGUCGGAUGAGGAGCGAGCCUCUAUUGAUCGCAAGCUACUUUGGAGGGUUGACUUGUACCUCAUUCCGUGGCUCAGCUUGCUUUAUCUCCUCUCCUUCCUCGACCGAACGAAUAUUGGAAACGCCCGCCUCGCCGGCAUGGAAAUCGACCUCGGAAUGUCCGGCACGGACUAUAACAUGUCUUUGACUAUAUUCUUCGUCAGCUAUGCUGUGUUUGAGCCGCUUACCAACACGCUGCUGAAGAGGUUUACGCCCCGGCUCUUCUUCACGGCAAUCAUUGUCGUCUGGGGACUGACUAUGACCCUCAUGGGCCUUGUCACCAACUUUAAAGGUUUGCUUGUCGCCCGUUGGUUCCUUGGCGUUGCCGAAGCUGGCCUUUUUCCAGGCGUGAGCUACUAUCUUUCCUGUUGGUACAAAGGCUCAGAGAUCGGCAUCCGCACCGCCAUCUUUUUCUCCGCUGCUGCCAUGGCCGGUUCCUUCGGCGGUCUUCUGGCAGCCGCUAUAGCGAAGAUGGAUGGCCUCGGAGGGAAGCCAGGCUGGGCAUGGAUCUUCAUUCUCGAGGGUAUUGCCACGAUAAUUGUCGGCAUGUUCUGCUGGUGGAUGGUCUUUGACUGGCCUGAGACUGCUCGCUUCUUGAACGACGAUGAUCGUAUCCGAGUCCAGCGCCGGAUUAUUGCCGACAAGCAGGGCCGUACUGCCGAGGACUUCGAUAAGAGACACAUCUACGAAGCUCUUAAGGAUUGGAAGACAUACCUCUACAUGGCCAUCUACAUGGGUUGCCUUGUGCCUCUUUAUGCAUUCUCGCUGUUCUUGCCGACCAUCCUCCGCGGCAUGGGCUACCAUGGAACACACGCUCAACUCCUCAGCGUCCCACCCUACGCCGUUGCUGCUGUGUGCACCAUCAGCAUCGGUGCCUUUGCGGACAAGACCCGAUGGCGAGGAUACUGCAACAUGGGCGCUGUGUUGAUCGGAAUUGCUGGUUUCGUCAUGAUGCUCGCCACGUCGAACCCAAAGGUGCAGUACGUCGGCACAUUCUUCGGGGCGGUGGGCAUUUAUCCAACUAUUCCAAACACCCUCUCUUGGGUCGUCAACAAUACCGAGGGCUCCCUGAAGCGUGCCGUUGUUCUUGGCGUGGUAGUCGGCUGGGGUAACCUGAACGGUAUUGUCUCAUCCAAUAUCUAUCUUGUGCGAGAGUCGCCCCGGUUCUGGACGGGCCAUGGUGUGGUUCUGGGCUUUCAGGCCAUUUUCUUGCUGGGAGGGUCGAUUCUCAUGCAUAUUGCCCUUAGGUUCCAGAACAAGUACCGGAGCCAGGGCAGAAUGGAUGCUAAAUGGCAGGAAAUGUCUGAGGAGCAGCAAUGGGUUGCUGGUGAUAAGAGGCCCGACUUCAAGUAUACACUUUAGGCCGCUAUUCAGGCAUCGUGUAUUGUUAACUAUAAGUUGGUGCUCCGGCACAGGCUAUCGCCAUCAAGAUGAGACGG